CCAAAUCACCAAAAAAAAAAAAGAAAAAACGUCUAGUGUUUCAACCCCUAAAGUACCGCCGCUGGUGUCCUCUAUUCGUCUAUCCCUAAUUCAUAUCCUUUGUGCCUUCCCCCGCUUAAUUCUUCGUUUCACUUCUUCAAAUUAGGGUUUGUGUUUUUCCCCUUUUGUCGAUUUUUGUUUAUGAAUUUCUGUCUAUGUAUUUUUUUUUUCUCAAACCACACAUAUUCUUCCUUGCGUUUUAACCUAUAACUACAAUUUAGUACUCGUAAUCAAUUAAAUCAAAUACUUAAACUUUUAUUGGGUUUUCAUGGUUUAUUCAGAUCUCUUGGAACUAUGAGUAGCCGCUCUCGAAGGACUCUUUAUGUUGGUAACCUUCCUGGGGAUAUCAGGGAGAGGGAAGUUGAAGAUUUGUUUUACAAGUAUGGACCCAUUGUCCAUAUUGACUUGAAGGUUCCACCAAGACCUCCUGGCUAUGCAUUUGUCGAGUUUCAGGAGGCUCGUGAUGCUCAAGAUGCUAUUGAUGGCCGUGAUGGGUAUGAUUUUGAUGGGCAUCGUCUGCGGGUUGAACUUGCUCAUGGUGGCCGUGGGCACUCAUCGUCAACAGACCGCUAUAGCCGUAACAGUAGCAUACAUCGCGGUAUUUCCAAACACACUGAGUAUCGUGUGAUGAUUACUGGAUUGCCUUCUUCUGCUUCUUGGCAAGACUUAAAGGAUCACAUGCGCAAGGCAGGAGAUGUUUGUUUUUCCCAAGUUUUCCGUGAUGGCGGUGGGACAACAGGGGUUGUAGAUUACACCAACUAUGAUGACAUGAAGAAUGCUAUCAGAAAGCUUGAUGACUCAGAAUUUCGCAAUGCGUUUUCCCGGGCAUAUGUUCGUGUGAAGGAAUAUAAAGGAAGUCGUACUCCCCCGCCUAGGGGUAGGAGCAGAAGCCGUAGUCGUAGCAGGAGCCGUAGUCGAAGCCGUGGUCGUAGUUAUAGCAGGAGCAGAAGCCGAAGCAAGUCUCCGAAGAAGGCGUUACGCCGAUCUCCUGCUAAAUCUCGUUCUCGCUCUGUGUCAUCCCGUUCUCGAUCUAAAUCAAGGUCCCGGUCUUUGUCAAGAUCACGAUCAAGAUCCGGUUCACCAGUGGCAUCUCAUAAGAAAAAUCUGAGCAAAAGCCCCAAGAAGGGUAGCCUCAGUCCACGUCGAAACCGUAGCAGGAGUUUGAGCAAGAGUCCGAAUAGGAACAAAAGCAGGAGCAGGAGCAGGAGCAAGAGCAAAAGCCCGUCCAGGUAAAACUUUGCUGGGUCAUUUGCAUAAAGCUGUUGGUAAUCGUUGUUUGCUGCAAGGUUCCCAGUUUGUAUAAGGAGGUGAACUUCUAAUAGAAAUAUUGGAGGCAUGUGUUUCUCAAAGUAUGACUCUAUUUUUAGCUUAUUAUUGUUAUUUUUGAACUAAACAUGAAUGUUUGCUAUCUUACAUUUAUGUUUGUCGUAAACAUUACUAUUAUCGUUUUAUGCCCGACUAUAUUGGUUAGACAAAAAAUUGUAACCAGAAUGUCUAAAAUUCCUUCUAGUUAACUGAUUACUAUCAUGUGUUUGAUUAAAUUUUUUUAAGGGGUUUGAGUAUAAUGCCUCUUAAAUCAUGUGCAUCUGUGAAGUUGCACAUGACGUUUAUGACCAAUGCUCAAUCGAAAACC